AUGGACAAGUUCACCGAGUAUCAGAUUCGCGUCGAGGCUGAAGGAGAGAACGGGAGCGGCUUGAGUAGUGCGCCUCUAACGGUCCGCACGUUGUCUGACGUACCAUCUUCACCCCCUCGCGAUAUUGUGGCUGAAACUGUGUCGAGUACAAGCAUCAGAAUCACCUGGAGCGAACCAGAUCCUGAGAGCACGAAUGGGGAAGUCACCGGAUACCGACUGAAAUACAAGACUAGGGUACGCGGGAGCAAAGGGAACACGUUUGUUUUGGAUGCUAGCGAAAGAGAGUAUACAGUCACUGGGCUCGAUGUAAAUACUCAGUAUCUAGUGAGGAUGGCCGUAGUCAAUCAU